AUGUUCCAGAUUGAGGGCCUCGUCCUAAGGCUGGACCCUGAGAAGAUGAAACAGAAGAUGCUCGGGGAUGCAAUUUCCUUCAUGCGGAAUUUCCUCAUAUAUGUGGCCCUGCUUCGAGUUACUCCUUUUAUCUUAAAGAAACUGGGCAGCAUCUCAAGACUGGUCAUCACAUGUGAAUGCAGGAUACGAAGAAUUUAA